UCAAUCAUUUUUGGAACCUGCCCAAUUUAUAAUGCCAACUCACGACGACAUCAGACAGCCUUCUCAGAGGGAGAUUCCCUGAGAAACCUCUUCCUGGGAUGUUCAGCUGACGACGUUCAGUGCAGCUUUACAAUUCAACAUGUACCCUAACAGAAGUGGACCUGGUGGGUUUAAUCCAAACCACAGAAACUACAACAAUGGUAACAACAGACUGAACCCUGAUCUAAACAAUAUGAGUCUGGCAGGAAAUAGCAAGGAUGAAAUUGCGAAUCACGAGAACGGGGAUAACGCUUCUGGAGCACAAACUACACCGUCCCCACAAAACGAAGGACAGGCACAGUACAUGGGUGGAUAUUCCAUGAUCCGUCCUAAUGAAUCAAGGAGAAGUAAAUUGCAGAGCAUGGCACAAAAAGAAGAAGCAGACCUGCAGCAAUGGAGGGAAGCACACAAGCCUGGUCCAAUUAACCUGGCUCCUGCACAGCUGGGUGGAGGUAUAUUAAUGGCUGAGGCCAGGCAAAUGCAAAUGUUGAACCACCAGCAAUCAAAGUAUCAAAAAAAGCUUAAAAGAGAAGAGUAUGAGAGAAAGAGGAAAGAGGAAGAAGCAGCAGAAAUCCAGAGAAUGAAAGAGGCACAGAGGGAAAAGGCAAACAGGCUUGAAGAAAAGAGGCUGCAACAGGAGAGACAGAGAAAGGAACAAUACAAAAAGGACCAGCAAGCCAAAACCCAUACUUUUCUGCAGAAGAUUGAAUCAUCCCAGCCUUCAGCGAAUUCAGCUCCGAUGUCAACGAGCAGCUCUCUGCCAACAUCACCUUGGGCUAAAGUGCAUAACUAUAGAGAGACGCAAAGAGAGGAGGAGAACCAGGCCCUGUGGCAAUGUAAAGAAGAGCAAAGAAGAAAGAGCGAGAUACUUGAGGAAAUACAAAAACAGAAAAUGAAGGAAAGAGAGCGUGAACUACAAAAUGAGCGCAGGAGGGUUAAUGAAGCAUUUCUGGACCGACUUCAAAGAGACGUACAGUCAGGUAGGAAGGAGGCGCUCUUUCCUGUUGGUGUGGAAGCAGAAAGAGGCCUGUGUGCAGAUGCAGCUCCAGAAGCACACAGGGCAGAGAGUGAAGCAGACGGGGAGGAAGAGGACGAAGACAACCAUGAAUGGACACUGAUGAAACUUCAGAAUGCUUUUCCUUUCUGUGAACAAUCUUUCUUAGAGGAAAUAGUGACUCAGUGCAAUGGAGAUUACAGGCAAGCCUACCAACUGCUUCAGUAGCAGAGUGAAACUAGCUGCUUUGGGCCAGUUUCAGACUCUGCAUAGAUAUUUUUAUAAAUGGAUAGAUAGAUAGAUAGAUAGAUAGAUAGAUAGAUAGAUAGAUAUACACACACACACACACACACGCACUGUGCAUGCACCAAGUCCAUGUGAAAUGAGAAAGCAUGGAAGGUAGUGGCCUGGUAAGGUCAGAGAUAAUUGCACAUGAUUACCAUGUUUAUAUAGGAAUUAUUGCAAAGUCACUCACUCAUCAGCCAGUGAGAUCCAAUUUCUCCUAAAUGUUACACACUAGGUUGUCAGUGUUUCAAUAAAUCACUAAACAGCUCACAUUGGUUUAGUUAUGUCAUUUAUACUGUAGGAAUACUUUUUUUAGUUCAAAUGAGUUUAGUUUCUCCAAAACAUGUAUUUAUCUUCAAUAUUUUAAGAAAUGAAACUUGGAUAGAAACCUUUGCCACGAACACUGUUUUUUUACACGAUUGAAACAGGCUGGUAUAAAUCGGAUUUCGGAUGUUUAAGUUGGGGAAUGAUUAACUCCAUGGCACUGUGGUAUAUAUGAACAAAUCAAUGGGGUUUCUCAAUAACAGAGUUGUUUCUUUGUUAAACGACUUCUUAUUCUUGUUCUUGCUAUGUCUGUAUAUGAGUAUGUGAUUGCACACUGGAUGCAGGGUACUUCAUUCAGCACAGAUUCCUAAACCAAUGUGUCACUCUUGCAUGAUAUUAUGGAAUUGGCAUGCAAGGUAAAGUACAAAUUGCUAAAUGAUCAUUCAUAGCAAAAUUUAUUAUGUUUUAAUGUAAUAUUGUUUCCAAAAUGAUCUAAAUAUAUACAAUUACUUUAUUUUUUUGUAUUGUGCUACAUUACUACAAACACCUUUGUUCUCUGGUAAUAAAAGUUUCACUUUG